CAACAUCAAAAUUCGAGAUGCCAUCUCCAAAGCAUCGGUCCAGCCUUCAAUAUCCCAGCAAGCUUGAGCAUCAAGAACCUUUUGUCGAUUCGACGCAGGUUCCAUUCAAGAACUGCGUCUCAAGAUGAGCCUACAGUUCAAACCCAGAAUAACACAGGCCAGACGCGCUAUUUGCACGGCCCCGUCUGUUUCGCGUCACUUGCAUCGUGCCAUUUGUAUCGCACCGCGUCGUUUGAAUUAAUCAACUGCAGGCAGCCAACGUUGACCCCCAAAACACUGGUCAAAGGAAUCCAGCAUCUUCUCUCAUUCUUUUCUUUCCCAUCAUCACUCACCUAUUUCGCGCAAGUCAACAGCCACGACCUCUCAACACCAUGGCGCGGGAGGAGCGUGCGACACUGAAGAGGGAAUCAGCUGAGGAGGAUACAGAUGUCCGGGACUAUCGAGAGUCCUCUCUUGAGUCCUGCAUCGUCCUGGCAAUCUCGACAGUCGUCGCUCCACCUCAUGCGAAGCGAACGGCAGGUCCUGAGUCAUGCACUGGCAAGGAAAGUCCUGUGAGACCAGUUCAGGAACAAAUUGAGUCCGAAGAAGAAGAUCGUACCGAUAUGUUGAUGUCUUUGUCUAUGGCUGAGCCCUAUGGCCGGUGUAGACCAACAGCUCCUAAACCAUUAGAUUUCUCUUGCCAUGAACAGAAUGGCGAGACUCUCCCAAAUCCGGUGAACUACGGCAUUCCGGAGGAGAGAUCCGAGAAGCCUACGAUGAAACAUACACCAAGCCCCACGCAAGCUAUCCUUUCAAAGAGAAUUCCCCGGAAGGCAACAACUACAUAUCUCGAGAUAAUCGCCAUUGAGAAUAAGAUCGCCAAAGCGAAAGACCUUGAGCAGAAGCUCCAGGACAAGAUGGAUCACAACUGGGAUGUGAUCCUCGAUUGCGAUGUCAGUAUUGACGUUGAGUGUCGUGCAAUCGAGAGUGCCACGCGCAGGGGAAGGCCAUUCUUGAUCACAUGGUCGAUAGAACGUCAACGUUAUCUAACUUCCAAGCGCAAGAACCUUCAGAACAAGAAUGCUGAGAUGGAGGGAGUCAGGAAGCGGCGUUGCAAGAAGCUUGAUGGAUUGAUGUGUGAGAAGCGGAGACUUGAGGAGGAGGCUGCUGCAUAUUGAUAUGUUGUUACAAGAUCUGGAGUUUGGCAAGGCGAUAUCGGUUGGAUCUGAUGGAGUAAUGGUAUGUUGGAAUAAUUUUCUGGCAGUGGGUGGGUAGUCUUAGUGGCACAUCCCUCUUGGAAAAGGUAUGCCUGUUUGAAAAAGUCUUUGUGCUUGUUUGGAUUAUUGGGUGGCAGGCAUUUGAUGUUGAGGUUCACUAAGACGGGAAACUACAUGUCUGCCUAGAAGCUAGCUUUAGGCGAGGGAGUCCUGAUACUCGCAUGAUAGUGCUGUUGAUAGUAAU